CUUUCUCUCUCUCUCUCUCCUUGCCCGUACAUUUCCCUCCCUCUCUUGCGCACUGCUCUCCUGUCAGUUUCAGUCCCAGCAUGUUUCCAGAGGAGCAGCGCAGCAGCAGCCUGUCUCCCCAUCUCUCCAGCCUCCACGCACCGCGGACGCCGGCAGCUCCUCGCGUCUAGGAGCCCAGCCCAGAAGAAGAGCCACGGCGACGCCAGGGUCCAGGAGCUCCGCGCCGGCCGCCCUCCCCGGCUCCAGGCUGGCCGCCGCCUCCAGCUCCUCGCUCUCCGCCCCUGGCUCCAUGUGCCAGGAGGCGGUGCGGAGGCGCCGCUGUCCGCCCGGCAGGAGCACGGAGGAGGCUGGAGGAGCAGGCUGCAGCGCGGCAGGGGCAGGCGGGAGCAGAGCGCCGGGCUGGCUGUACGAGUCCUACUACUGCAUGAGCCAGCAGCAUCCGCUCAUGGUGUUCCUGCUGCUCAUCGUGAUGGGAGCCUGUCUCGCCCUGCUGGUAGUGUUCUUCGCUGCGGGUUUGGACAUGGAGGAGCACAUAACCUUCAUCAUCACCGUCCCCACCGCUCUGGCCCUCUUCCUCAGCGUGUUCGUGCUGGUCUGCAUCGAGUCCGUCUUCAAGAAGCUGCUGCACAUCUUCUCCCUGGCCAUCUGGGCAUGCCUGGUUGCCAUGGGUUACCUCUUCAUGUUCUUCGGGGGCAUCCUCAGGCCCUGGGACCAGGUAUCCUUCUUCCUGUUCAUCGUGUUCGUGGUGUACACAAUGCUGCCCUUCUCCAUGCGGGGCGCGGUCAUCGCCAGCACCCUCACCUCCUCCUCACACACGCUGGUGCUGGGAGCCUGCCUGUCAGUCUCCACCGAGGACAGGGACUCUCUGGUCUGGCAGAUUUUGGCCAAUAUCAUAAUUUUCAUCUGUGGGAACAUAGCAGGAGCGUAUCAUAAACAUCUGAUGGAACUGGCCCUGAAACAGACCUACCACGACACAUGCAACUGCAUCAGGUCCCCUAUCAAACUAGAGUUUGAAAAACGACAACAGGAACGCCUCCUGUUGUCCUUGUUACCGGCUCACAUCGCUCGAGUGAUGAAGGCUGAGAUCAUACAGAGGUUGCAAGGCCCAAACUUUGGCCAAGUGGAGAAUGCUAACAACUUUCACAACUUGUAUGUCCAACGGCACAUCAACGUCAGUAUAUUGUAUGCUGAUAUAGUAGGCUUCACUCGUUUGGCUAGCGACUGUUCUCCCGGAGAGUUGGUCCACAUGCUUAAUGAACUUUUCGGCAAAUUUGAUCAAAUUGCCAAGGAAAACGAAUGCAUGAGGAUAAAAAUUCUGGGAGACUGCUAUUACUGUGUGUCUGGCCUGCCAGAGUCGCUUCCAAACCAUGCCAAGAACUGUGUGAAAAUGGGCCUUGACAUGUGUGAAGCUAUAAAAAAAGUGCGAGAUGCUACAGGAGUGGACAUCAACAUGCGUGUCGGAGUGCAUUCUGGGAACGUCCUGUGUGGCGUCAUUGGCCUCCAGAAAUGGCAAUACGAUGUCUGGUCACAUGAUGUCACCUUGGCCAAUCAUAUGGAGGCUGGGGGAGUUCCAGGGCGAGUCCACAUCACCUCGGUGACGCUGGAGCACCUCAAGGGGGCGUACCUGGUGGAGGACGGCGAGGGGCAGGAGAGAGACCCCUACCUCAAGGAGCACAGGGUCAUCACCCACCUGGUCAUCAACCCCAAGGUGGAGCGCCGUAGCCCCCUGCACCAGUACCGGCCGCGCCACGCCCCCAAGAUGAGGGCGUCGGUACGGAUGACGCGCUACCUGGAGUCCUGGGGCGCUGCCAAGCCCUUCGCUAACCUGCACCACCGCGACAGCAUGACCAACGACAAUGGCAAGAUCAACACGGCUGAUGUGCCCAUGGGCCAGUACCAUUUCCAGAGGAGAUCUGAGAGAACCAAAUCUCAAAAGAAGAGAUUUGAAGAAGAAUUCAAUGAGAGGAUGAUUCGAACUUUUGAUGGAAUUAAUUCCCAAAAACAAUGGCUCAAAUCAGAGGACAUUCAGAGAAUAUCAUUAUUCUUUCACAACAAGGUGUUAGAGAAAGAGUACAGAGCGACUACUUUACCUGCUUUUAAGUACUAUGUCACCUGUGCUUUUUUCAUCUUCGUCUGCAUCUUUAUCGUUCAAAUUCUGGUCUUGCCAAAAACCGCAGUCCUGGGGUUGUCCUUUGGGACGGCUUUUGUUUUUCUGUCCCUGAUUCUGCUAGUAUGUUUUACUGGCCAUUUUAUGCAUUGCAGUAAAGGUGCCUCCAUUUCCUGGCUUUGGCUUCUGAGGUCGUCUAGCAUCAUCGCUAACAAGCCAUGGCUCCGUAUCAGUCUGACUAUGACCACCACGGCCCUGAUCCUGGGGAUGUGUGUCUUCAACAUGUUCUUCCUGGACAAUGACAUGAUGGCUCCAGCUGCCGUUUACAAUUCAACCAAUGAGACAAUGUUUUACAAGAACGGCCAACCAUUCAUGUUUAAUGACAAGAACUAUUUCUACCUUCCAUACUUCAUCUAUAGCUGCAUCCUGGGCUUGAUAUCCUGUUCUGUUUUCCUGAGGAUCAACUACGAGCUGAAAAUGGUCAUCAUGCUAACAGCUGUCGUUGUGUACAACAUCAUCUUUCUUCAGACGCACAGCUUCCUGCUAGAUGAGUACAGCAAGUUCCUCUACAAGGCAGACAUUCUGGACAGGCCGGGAGUUCUGAAGAACCUGAAGACUAUGGGCUCCUUCUCCCUCCUCAUCUUCUUCAUCACCCUGCUGGUGCUCGCCAGACAGAAUGAAUAUUACUGUAGGUUGGACUUCCUGUGGAAGAACAAGUUCAAGAGGGAGUGUGAGGAGAUCGAGACGAUGGAGAACCUCAACAGGGUUCUGCUGGAGAACGUCCUACCCGCCCACGUCGCGGAACACUUCCUGGCGCGCAACUGGAAGAAUGAGGAUUUGUAUCAUCAGUCAUAUGACCUGGUGUGCGUCCUGUUUGCCUCUAUCCCGGACUUCAAGGAGUUUUACACUGAGUCAGAUGUCAAUAAGGAAGGCUUGGAAUGCCUCAGAUUACUCAAUGAGAUCAUCGCAGAUUUUGAUGAGUUGCUGUCCAAGCCCAAGUUUAGCGGUGUGGAGAAGAUCAAGACCAUCGGAAGCACGUACAUGGCAGCCACUGGACUCAACGCAUCACCAGGACCUGAACACACACAGGAUGACAGACAGUAUAUGCACAUUGGUACCAUGGUGGAGUUCGCCUUUGCCUUGGUGGGCAAGCUUGACGUCAUCAACAAGCAUUCCUUCAACGACUUCAAACUCAGAGUUGGUAUCAACCACGGGCCGGUCAUCGCAGGAGUGAUCGGAGCCCAGAAACCCCAGUACGACAUCUGGGGGAACACGGUGAAUGUAGCCAGCAGGAUGGACAGCACAGGGGUCCUGGGCAAAAUACAGGUGACGGAGGAGACGGGGCGGAUCCUGCGGGCGCUGGGCUACACCUGCACCUGCAGAGGAGUCAUUAACGUGAAGGGGAAAGGCGAUCUGAAGACCUACUACGUCCACACGGAGAUGAGCCGCUCGCUCUCUCAGGGGAACCUCAUGCCCUGAGACGCCGCCUCGUGUCCAUGGCCUCACCCCUCGCCAUGGCAACCGGCCCUGCGGAGCCAGCAGCGAAGAGACACUGUGUUUGUUUCUGUGGGUCUCUCUGCCCAGUCCCUUACUACGCACAUUCUUGGGUGUAGUCACACACAGUCCAGUACUGUUUGGGGAUAAACAUUUUGUAGUGAACGUGUGUGUGGUCUUGACGCUGGACUUAUUUGGGAAUUAUUUUUGUUUUUUGUAAGAGAAGACAACCAGAAAUGUUUUAUGAUGCUUUAAUGCCAUUGUUUUUGUAAAAUAAACAUUUGUAUGUAUUUAAUG